AUGGCAUACAGUACCCACAAAGGCUGCACUUCCAACAAUUGCAAGUUUGAGCACCUUUGCCCCGUGAUCCUGGAGAACGGUAAGAUUUGCCUGCAGAAGCAUCCGGCUUUUCAGCAUGCACAAAAGGCAGGCGAGGAAGGCCUGGUUCCAGUUGCUUUGCCUGCAGAUGCUACAGGAGAUGCUUUUUCCUGGACAUCAACGGGGGGGCCCGGCGCCCUCUUUCAGCAGCAUUUCUGGGAGCUGGCUGUGAUACUUUCUCGGCAUGUCAAAGAGAGAUUCGAGCCACCCUUUGCCAACCAGGAUGGCGCUGGGAUUUACUCGGUUGAGGCCUUUGCGGAUGCAAGAGCUGAUGGCGAGCUUAUUGGGAUUGGCGGUUUUAUUGCUUUCCCUUCUGGUGCAUACAUCUGGUUUUCUCAAGCUUGGCAACUUUCCGACCUGUCAGUUUUGGGUUUGGAACUUCGCCGACCCGCGCACAAAGAUAUUGCCUGUUAUGAGACUUUGGCGCAGAUUGCUUUGGUACAUGCUUACAGGUCAGUAUUUCCUUCGGGUCGAGUGGCAGUUCGCCUCCCCUCCUUUUCUGACAACGCCUCGACAGAGGCAUUGGGUGCGAAACUUUACACCGCCAAGUGGCCACUGGGAGCGUUUGCCCAGAAACUUUCUCUCAUAUCCGCAGCUUCAGGUAUCGAGCUGGAUAUUUCUCACAUCGCCGGUGAGAAAAAUGAUGAUGCAGAUAUGUUGAGCAGGUGGAAUCAAACUGAUUCUCUACCUGACAAAUGGCGCAAAGAAGACCGGGUGGACUGCUCUCUCAAGUUCAUCUGGUUCUUUCGCAAGGAGGUCCUGGUGUGGCCUUCCCACUUUUCUUUACCAGCGGUGACACAGGAACGACAUGUGUCAGAUGAUGACAUAUGA